CAUCCUCUCUGGUUCUGCUCUGAGGACAGAAUGAUGUUGUGCUGGAUACUAAUAUCACUGUUUGUUGGAUUUCUUAAAGCACAAGAAGUAAUUUAUGCACAGGUAGGAGGGACUGUUACCCUACCUAGAGAGGAAAUAAAAGCAGAAAAUGUUUAUGUGAACUGGUACCGCGGGAACAACGAAUCUAUAACUAUCGCUAGGAAUCCUCAGAGUGGAAUCAUAAGGGGUAAAGAUACGAAGACAAACAUCGAUCUGUCGCAAGAUUUCUCUCUUAAAAUCUCACCAGUACAGGAAUCUGAUUUUGAAAUUUGGCGCUGUGAACAACAUGUAUUAACAAGUACUUUUAAAAAGACCUACAAACUGUACCAUGUCACUAUACCCAAAGUGCCUGCUGUGAUAAUUGGUGAAUCUCUGUCUCUGGAAUGUCAAAUGGAAUAUAAUCUAGUUAAACCCAAAGUGACAUGGAUUCCACCGGAAAACACACAUUGUUAUCAAAGAAAUCUUAAGGGCGAGAAAAUUGUAGUCAACAGUGUGUCUAAAUGUCAUAGUGGUGUUUGGACAUGCAAGUUGGAGUAUAUGAAGAAAACAUAUUAUACGGAAGCAACAACAACUGUUUAUGUAAUAGACCUCCCCUCUUCUCAAGAUCCCAUUUACAAAUCAUCCUCUAAGGUCCUCAUUCCUUGUUCUUUGUCUUCUAACAUUCCCUGGUCCAUCUUGAAUGAAACCGGUCUCAUCAAUGGUAUCUGGAGCUUCACUCCUCUCAGCGACCCGAAGUCAACUCAUUCUCUCCUCAGCCUUAGCAUUGGUUCGGUGGUCAGAUGGAAUGUAAUAAAGGACACAGUCAGUCCUGUCAAGGCCAAGGAAAUCGAGUUAAAAGAUAAUGAUCUAUCGAUUCAUCUGCCAGUAUCAGAGAACAUAAGGGGGGUUUACACAUGUGAUCUGAUAUUUAGCAGAAAGACUCUCAGCACAAAAGUUCAGGUGGAGGUUUUGAAGGUUUCCUCUUCUAGAGGUUCUCCAGUAUAUGAAGGCCAAAGUGUGAAUCUGACAUGCAUAUUAGGACAUCAACUUACCUCUGAGUUCGAGAUGAAAUGGAAUUGCUCAUCUUUGUCCAGUUGUUCCAGUUUCAAGCUUAAUUCAUCUACUUUGUUCAUACCUGAAGUGAAAUUGGAACACCGUGGAAAAUAUACGUGUGAACUCUGGAAGAAUAGGAAGAUGGUGGCAUCUGCUGAUCUAUUUUUAAAGACUGAGAAAGCUCCAGUGGACAUCUGGCUGUAUGUUGCCAUCAGCAGUGGAGUCGUGGUCUUCAUCUUGCUCCUUGUGGUCAUCAUCAUGUGCAUUCGCAGAUACAGACAGAUGAUGAUGUACAGACGACGCAAAACCAAAUUCUGCUGCUGCAAAAAUCCCCAGCAGAAUCAAAAGGGAUUCUACAAGACGUGACGAUCUUCUGCUUUUCGUUUUUAUAAUCAUAUUAAUGUACAGUUUCCUGAACAAAUUCUCCUGUGCCAGAACUGAUGGUCUUCACUCUGCUGGAAUAUUUUUUAUUAUUGUGUUAAAUACUCUCAUAGCCACUUUAUAUACUUGAACAUGCUUGAUCGCAAACUAUGUUAUAUGCAACUUAAACAAUAUGCUGUAUGUCUUUUGGUGUAUAUAAUAUGAUAUAAUUUGUUUGGAAGAUAAAUGUACAAUUUCCAAUAACAUAGUAGAAUACAAAACAAUAAAAUGUUGCUUAUUGUAUAGGCACAGUGAAGUUAUUUGUAUAUUUUAUAAUUGCCUAAAGUGCAUCUUUAAAAUUUUCUUUUAUUUUCAUCCACUCCUGCUUGCUUACUUCCAUAUCUUUCGAAUGCUCUUUUACAUUUGUAAAUUGACUUUUUUUUUGUAUUUGAGAAAACAACUAAAAUAUUGAUAAAGUAAAAUAAAAUAUAGCCUACUUGAUGAAAUUAAA